GCCUGCGACAGCGUCAGCCCUGCGCGGAGCGCCGGCCCGAUGGCGGCGGCGGCGAUGGCCGAGCAGGAGAGCGCCCGGAACGGCGCCCGGAACCGCGGCGGGGUCCAGCGCGUGGAGGGCAAGCUACGCGCCAGCGUCGAGAAGGGCGACUACUACGAGGCGCACCAAAUGUACCGGACCCUCUUCUUCAGAUACAUGUCACAGAGCAAGCACACAGAGGCGCGGGAACUCAUGUGCUCAGGGGCACUGCUCUUCUUCAGCCACGGCCAACAAAACAGUGCUGCGGACUUGUCCAUGCUGGUCUUAGAGUCGCUGGAGAAGGCAGAAGUCGAGGUGGCCGAUGAGCUGCUGGAAAAUCUGGCCAAACUGUUCAGUUUGAUGGACCCAAAUUCUCCAGAACGAGUGGCUUUUGUGUCUCGAGCCCUGAAGUGGUCCAGUGGAGGAUCUGGGAAACUGGGCCACCCCCGGCUCCACCAGCUGCUGGCCCUCACGCUGUGGAAAGAGCAGAACUAUUGUGAGUCCCGGUACCACUUCCUGCACUCUGCGGAUGGCGAAGGCUGCGCCCACAUGCUGGUGGAGUACUCGACCUCCAGGGGCUUCCGCAGCGAGGUGGACAUGUUCGUGGCCCAGGCUGUGCUACAGUUUCUUUGUUUAAAAAACAAAAGCAGCGCAUCGGUGGUGUUCACAACGUACACACAGAAGCACCCGUCCAUCGAGAAUGGCCCUCCGUUCGUCCAGCCUCUGCUCAACUUCAUCUGGUUUCUGCUGUUGGCUGUAGACGGAGGCAAACUGACCGUGUUCACGGUGUUGUGUGAGCAGUAUCAGCCGUCCCUGCGGCGGGACCCGAUGUACAACGAGUACCUCGACAGGAUAGGACAGCUCUUCUUCGGCGUGCCGCCCAAGCAGACUUCUUCCUACGGGGGCUUGCUCGGGAACCUUCUGAGCAGCCUCAUGGGCGCCUCGGAGCAGGAGGGUGAGGACAGUCAGGACGACAGCAGCCCCAUUGAGCUCGACUGACCCCGCCCGC